ACGGCUCCGAACAGACCUCAAAGAACCCGUGUUUCAAUGGCAGGCCCACUAAAAUUUACCGUGUUUUUUCGCCGCCGUGCAACACGGCCCUCCCUCCCCUCACGUGCUUGAGCACUUCGACGAUGGAUCUGGCCGCCUUCUCCUACCAAAAGUUUGUCCAGUUUGCUUUGGAAGAGAUCCAACCCCGGACAACUCUCAGCCCUCGUCCCUUCCAGGAGAACCUCAAAGAUUUGAGGGCGAAAGAUGGCAAUGCUACACUUCAUACACUGUCAUUUAAAGCUCCCAAGAUUAGGCAUCUGCGUAGUUUGUCAAUUGAAGGAAGUCCUGCAAUGCAAGUGCUCGAUUUUGCAGCAUUUCCUGAACCAAAAUUUGAUAUUCCGAUUUUUUGUGCCAACUUUUUUACAACCUCUGCUCUCAGUAUUAUUGUACUGGACCUUAACCCUUUGUAUGAUGUCACCCUCCAAAGUGAUUACAAGGAAAAGUUUUAUAGGGGCUUGAUGCCCCUUUAUCAGAAAUAUGCUGAGCUUUUGCCAUGGGGAGACAAGAUCACAAGUGAGUCCCUUAGAUUUUUUUCGCCCAUUGUCAUAUGGUCUAAGUUCAGUUUGAGCCCGGAGAAGCAUGAUGUCUUAUAUGCAGCAUUCAAGGACUAUUUUAAGGCAUGGCUUGUUUUGAUGGAACUGGCAGUGGAGGCGGUAGAUGAAUUGCAAACUGUUUGUAAUUGUGAAGCGCAGCAUAAAUACUUAACAUGGAGAGCAGGGAAGGAUCCAGGACAUCUAUUGUUGAAAAGGUUAAUUGGAGAGAAUCUGGCAAGGGAAAUGAUUAGGCAUUUUCUAUUUGAGGGCGUUGAUUCAUUGGGAACCAAGAGUUUCUUAGAUUAUUUCCCUGAAUACCAUUGCGAGGACGGUUCAAUAAACCAGAAGCGCAGCAUCAUUGGGAAGGCUUAUAAAACUCGCCCAUGGGAUGCUGGGGGAGAAUUCAUAGGUAGUAAGUCUACUUAACUACUACUGAUUCUUCUGUUGAAAAUUUUGAAUGGAAUGGCUUAUUUUUACUUUUUUUAUAUAUAUGUUAACGUAAAUUUCAAUGUUUAUGAAUCUUUAAUGAUAACUUAAGAACACAUUUUAA